CAUAUGAAUAUAAGCCCCAAAAAAAGAAAAAGAGAGCGAGACACCCAAACCCCACGCAAGCAGGUUUAACGCCGCUUUGGAGACACGCGGAGAAGGCGCUGCCCCGCCCCCCGGAGGCCAGCGUGACACCGGUAGCGUGUUAAUACGGCUCAGAUGGAUUCGCAUCCUCUCUCUGUGGUCCAGUCAUGAGAACAUGACGCCUUUCAGGACCCCCCCGUCUCAUAAGCGCUCGAGCGGCUACAUGCGCGUGAGGAGCCGCAGGGGGAACUGGCUCGCGGUGGUUCUGCUCCGAGUCUCGCGCCGGGAUUUAUUCUUCUGUCUGAGCGCGCUCCUCAUCUUCUGCCUGGGCUCGGUGUUAUAUCAGUUAAACGGAGGGGCGCCCAAAAUCCUGCUGGACGUGGGAUAUUAUCUCGGGAGACUUGCUGCUGGCCACGGAUCUCUAGCACCCAGAGUUCUACCGUUCCCGAGCCGGGUUGUUUAUAACAGGGUGGGGAAGUGUGGCAGUCGUACUAUAGUUCUGCUGCUGCGCAUGCUAGCCGACAGACAUGAGUUCACCCUCAUCUCCUCUGACAUACACAACAAGACCAGGCUCACCAAACGGGAACAGGAAAAUCUGAUUAGAAACAUCAGCACGACUCCUCAGCCAUUUCUUUAUACCCGACACGUGCAUUUUCUCAAUUUUAGCAGGUUCAGAACGGAUGAGCCCGUGCACAUCAACGUCAUCCGAGAUCCCAUCAACCGGUUCCUGUCCAAUUAUUUCUUCCGCCGCUUCGGAGACUGGAGGGGUGAAGAGAAUCACGUGGUCCGGACGCCUGGGAUGAAAGACGACGAGAGAUACUUGGACAUCAACACGUGCAUCUUGGAAAGUUACCCAGAAUGCUCGAACCCCCGGCUCUUCUACAUUAUCCCGUAUUUCUGUGGGCAGCAUCCUCAGUGCAGAGAGCCAGGUUUGUGGGCUCUGGAGACGGCCAAGAGGAACGUUCUGGAUCAUUACCUGCUGGUAGGAGUGCUGGAGGAACUUGAAGAUGUGCUGCUUCUGCUGGAGAGACUCCUUCCGCACUUCUUCUCUGACGUCUUGAACAUCUACAAAAGUCCAGAAUACAGGAAGCUGGGGAACAUGACGGGCACCGUCCGUAAACAGGCUCCUAAUCUAGAGGCCCUGCAGGUGCUUUACGAGCGCAUGGAGUACGAGUACAAAUUCUACGACUUCGUCAAAGCUCAGUUCCACCUCACCAAGAGAAAGAUCGGCCUGAGAUCCGGCCCAAAACCCUCCAGACGUUAUUCCAGCGUGCUUCAGGCGACAGACCUCCAGGAGGAUCUGGAGGAAGAGGAAGCAGAAGAUUUGCUCGACUGGAACGAACACCGCUGAGAGAUGCUCUGAGACCAUCUGAGAUACAGAUGCAGUCUACAAGAGUCUGAAAUAACUGAUCAUUCAGGUCCCACAGAACCAGAAAACUGGACAAAGCUUGAAAAUCAGGAUCUUAUUUUUAUCUGUAAAAGAAAAACAUGAUUGCACUGAAUGUUAACAACAUUCUUGGACUCUAGAAUAUUUAAUGUUUUAAUACCUUGAUCUUGUGUGUGUGUGUGUGUGUGUGUGUGUGUGUGUGUGUAAGAGCCCUGUAUCAUUUUUAGUGAAAUACUAGUUUCUGAUUGUGUUUUAGUGUCACACCUCAUACAUUAUGUGUCUCCCCCUCUGAAUCAGAUAACUGCUUGUUCAAUUCUCAGCUCAUUUUUUUUUUUACAUGUAUGAAUAACUGUAGAGACUAUUUUGUGUAUAAUCUUGUUUUUUGUAGCUAUAUGAGUUUUACUACAUCUAUAGAAAACACACAAUUACAGAUAACAUUUUUCCCAUUCGUUUGCAGAUAAGUUAUAUGGUUACCGAAUACUCAUUUUUUGUCAUUAAAAUGUGCGUGUAGAAA